UCUAGUGUUUUAGUGUAUUUGAAGAAUUCAUUAUAACAAACGAUUAUUACUACGAGGGAUACUUCAAUGACCAAAGAUAAAAAGUUGUUCCUGCAUGAAGUGCACUGUGUGUCUACAAUCUUCCCAAUAAAAUUGCACAAUAUUUUUUAAUUAAUUUGCCGUAUUGUAUAAAGCAUAAGACGUAAAUGGCUGCUUAUAUCAAUCGUACAAUAUCUAUGAUUGGGGGAGAAAGUCAACUUCGAUCUACUGAUAUUAGAACUGAUCAUUCUCCUCUACAGAUUUUCGUUAAAGCUAAGAAGAAAAUAAACGACAUAUUUAUUGAAGUAGAUGACUAUGUCCAAGAAACGGUUGGAUUUAUGGAAUCAUUGCAAAAUGAUCGAAAAAUCGUUACCGCAGAAGAAGUGUCUCGAGUUCAAAGUUAUAUCGAUAAAGUUCGUGCGAUACGAGAUGUCCUUAAAAGAGAUCACAUGAAAGUUGCAUUUUUUGGAAGAACGAGUAAUGGAAAAAGUACAGUCAUAAAUGCAAUGUUACGAGAUAAAAUUCUACCAAGUGGAAUAGGACACACAACAAAUUGCUUUUUACAAGUCGAAGGAGCUGAAAAUGGAGAAGCUUAUCUUAUUACUGAAGGAUCUACAGAAAAACAACCGGUACAAUCGGUAGGACAAUUGGGUCACGCUCUCUGCAAAGAAAAAUUAUGCGAAAGUCAUUUAGUUAGAAUAUUUUGGCCAAAAGAAAAAUGUCUUCUAUUGAGAGAUGAUGUAGUCUUUGUUGAUAGUCCUGGAGUCGAUGUUACACCUAAUUUAGAUGAAUGGAUAGAUAAACAUUGUUUGGAUGCAGAUGUGUUUGUUUUGGUUGCAAAUGCUGAAUCCACUUUAAUGGUUACUGAGAAAAAUUUUUUCCACAAAGUAUCGACUAAGCUAUCGAAACCAAAUAUAUUUAUUUUAAACAAUCGAUGGGAUGCAUCUGCUUCCGAACCAGAAUUCUUCGAUCAGCUGGGCAAAGAACAAAAAGAGGUGAGAGCUCAACAUCAAGAACGUGCUGUGGACUUUUUAUCGAAAGAAUUAAAAGUUUAUACUCCUAAAGAUGCCGAGGAACGUGUAUUUUUUAUUUCUGCCAAAGAAACACUUCAAGCUCGUAUACAAGAACAACGUGGUCAACCUGCUCAUAAUGGUGCAUUAGCAGAUGGUUUUCAAAACAGGUAUUUUGAAUUCCAAGAUUUUGAAAGAAAAUUUGAAGAAUGUAUAUCGAAAUCCGCUGUUAAAACUAAAUUUGAACAACAUUCUCAACGUGGUAAACACAUAGCAACGGAAAUUCGACAAAAUUUAGAUGAAAUUCUGGAUAAAACACAAAAGAUGAAAAGUGAUCAAUUAAAUGUUAAAAAGGAAGUUCACGAUAAAUUAAAUUUCACCGAACAACAAUUAAUAUUAUUAACGCAAGAAAUGAAAGAUAAAAUUCAUCAUAUGGUAGAAGAUGUCGAACAGAAAGUAUCCAAAGCUUUGAAUGAAGAAAUUCGUAGAUUGGCUGUGCUCGUUGAUGAAUUUAGUGUUCCAUUUCAUUCAGAACCAUUGGUAUUGAACGUAUAUAAACGUGAAUUGCAUACACACGUGGAACAUGGUUUAGGUUCCAAUUUAAGAGCACGCUUGAGUACAGCUUUAGCAUUAAAUAUGGAAAAUUCGCAGCGUGAAAUGACUGAAAGAAUGGCAGGUUUAUUAGCAGAUAAUAAGAAACAAGUUUCUUUAAAUAUUUUACCAAGACGAGCACCAUUCGAAAUCCUUUAUAGAUUGAAUUGCGACAAUUUAUGCGCUGAUUUCCACGAAGAUUUAGAAUUCCGAUUUUCAUGGGGCUUAACAUCUAUUAUCAAUAGAUUUGCUGGAAAAAGUAGUCAAAAACUAGCUAUCUCUAAUUAUCCACAAGAGAUUCCACCUUCUAUAACAUCGCCAACAGAUAGCAUCGAUUCUAUUAAAUUUAUAUCGACUACACCGAACUUUACGACAAAUAGCGACGAUUGGUCAUUAGCUACACGAGUAGCCAUAGCUUCAAUAACAUCACAAGGCACAAUGGGUGGUCUCAUAAUUGCUGGAUUUAUGUUGAAAACAAUUGGAUGGAGACUUAUUGCUGUGACAGGUGCAAUUUAUGGUGCUUUGUAUCUUUAUGAACGAUUAACAUGGACUAAUAAAGCAAAAGAAGCUGAAUUUAAACGACAAUACGUUGCACAUGCUACGAAGAAAUUAAGAUUGAUCGUUGAUCUCACAUCUGCUAAUUGUAGUCAUCAAGUACAACAGGAGCUUUCUGGUACAUUUGCACGUCUAUGCCAAUUAGUGGAUGAAACAACAACCGAGAUGGAUGCCGAACUCAAAACUAUCGCCAAUACCAUUCGAGUUCUAGAAGAAGCCUCAUCCAAAGCUAAAGUCUUGCGAAAUAAGGCUAAUUAUUUAGCCAACGAAUUAGAUUUAUUUGAUGUUGCUUAUUUAAAAUCUUUAAAUUGAACACUUAGAGAGAACUAAUUGUUUAUUUUAAC